GGUUAAUCAGAUCAAUCGUAAAUAAGACCAAAGACCAAUAAUGGAGUCGAUGCCUCGACUGCCGAUGCUUUCUUUUGAAUUGAAACACAGCCCAGAUUAUGUAGAGUUUGGCCCCAAGCUUAAGCAGUACAUCAAAACACAUUAUGGAGAGGAUCCAGCUUUGUACAAUAAAGCUUGUACUGAUCUUGAACAGCUUCGUCAGGCUGCCAUCCAGGUGAGCCGUGAUUAUAUGGGAUGCACCACACUGAAGAAGUACUAUGCUCAGCUCCAGUAUCUGCAGGGCAGGUUCCCAAUGACCAAUGAGGGAGAGGCCGCCAUCGUUUUCACAUGGGAAGACAUUCAGACUGGCAGAGAACAUGUGAUCAUGGAUAUCAAGUUUGAGCAGGCAUGCAUCUUAUAUAACAUUGGGAGUCUCCAUUCUUUGCUUGGGGUUCUGGACACACGGCACAAUGCAGAGGGUAUGAAAGUGUCCUGUACACACUUCCAGUGUGCGGCCUGGGCCUUUGAACACUUGAGGAAUGAGUUUGCCACCUCCUCCAUGAGCACAGACAUGAGCUACGAGCUGCUGUCCUUCCACAUUAUACUGAUGCUGGCCCAAGCUCAGGAAUGUAUUUUGGAAAAAUCUAUGAUUGACGGGAGAAAGAGCAAUAUCACCGCCAAAGUAGCAGCCCAGGUGGUGGAGUUCUACAAGGAUUCCAGCAAAGCUAUUGACAUGGCAGAGAAGAAACAACAGAUCAACUCCAGGAUGCACAAGGAAUGGGGCAGAAGGCUAGAGAUGAAGACUUCCUUCUACCAGUGCAUCACUUACUACUUUUUGGGUCGUCAAGCGGAAGAGUCGGAGAAACCUGGUGAAUGUCUGGCUUACUACACAGCAGCUAAAGAUGAACUGGCUAAAGCGACACAGCUUGCUAAGAAUGAUGUUCUUGAGGUUCAUGACUGCUUAAGCUUUGCCAGAGAUGUCGUUGUGGGAAAGUAUGAAGCAGCAAAGAAAGACAAUGAUUUUGUGUAUCAUGACAAAGUGCCACCCAUUGACAGUCUCCCAGAGAUCAAAGGUGCCUCACUGGUCAAAGGGAUCCCAUUCAACCCAACAGACAAAGAGAUCUCGGGACCUGAUAUCUUCCAGAAACUAGUACCUAUGGAAGCUCAUGAGGCUUCCUCAGUUUACAGUGAGGAGAAAGCAAAGCUGUCUCGGAGAGUUGUUGAAGAUAUUGAGCAGAAGAAUAUGGAUCUGGAGCAGUUCAUGUCAUCACUGCAGCUUGACACGGAUCAGCUGAUGCCUCAGCCGGACUUGAUCCCGGAGAACCUGAUGGAGAAAUGUGCUGCCAUGAGUGUGCGCACCGACGCUAUCAAGGAGCUCACAGACGCCAUGGCUUCUGUGUCUGGGUAUGCGACAGAAGUGGAACUUGGCAUCGCGGAACUGCAGGAGACUCUGAGUCAAGACGCUGAGCGCACAGCUGAGUUUGAGACUCAGUUUGGGAAGCGCAGUCCCAGCACCGUGCUCCCUGGCAUCCAGAACAGCAUCGCAGAGUUCAGGAACCGCCACCAGGAGGGCAGCUCACUCAACACAGUGCUGCACAAAGCUAUGAACACACACACCAACAACCUCAAGACUCUCACCAAGCAGCCCGCUGAGCUGCAGGCCUUUUUGCCGCCAUCGCAACCCACGCAGACCCCUGAAGACGAAGCUAUAGUCACCCAAGUUCGCCGACUCCUACAAAAGAUCUCUGAAAUGAAAGAGCAGAGAAAGGCUUUGCUUGAUCAGUUUCGCUCCCAACUGCAUAACGAUGACAUCACCAAUGUUCUCGUCACACAAGAGGCAGUGGACAAAGAGAGCGUAUUUGCUGAGCAGCUGCGGAAACACGACCAGACGGUGGAUCUGAUCAACAAGAACCUGGCUGCGCAGGAAAACAUUCUCCGAGCCCUGACGGAUGCGAAUGCUCAGUUUGCUGUGAUCCGCCAGUCGUUUGGAGAGGCCAAAGCUCAACGUGAACGGGUGAUCCAGGAACUGAUUGCUUCGUACGAAAAGUACGAGGAACUGCUGGCCAAGGCUCAGAAAGGAUGCGACUACUACAAGAAGCUACAGGAGAAUGUCAACAAGAGCUUGGAACGUUGCCGCAGCGAGUGCAAGGUCAGACAGGAGGAGAGGGAAAUGAUCAUCUCCAAGUAUGCACCCAAAGUGCCACCACCAUCGCGUCCAUCAGCUCCCAAGCCUGGGACUGGUGGCCACCCUGCUGCGACCUUAACCCCUGGUGCUGCCCCUGGACCUGACCUGACCUCGAUGGCAGCUGACAUGUCUGCUUUCCCUUCUCUCUCGGACGCUUCAGCUGUACCGACCUUACCAAUGUCGCAGUUGCCAAGUGCCAUUCCACCGUCGUUCGAGGGGCCGAAGCUGAAGGAUUAUCUCCCGUUCAUGAAGCCCCGAAGUUUCGGACCAAAAAGCCAAGGAGGAGGAGGUGGUGGUGGGCUAAACUCUGACCCUGUUCCCCCAGUUUCCCCUAGUGUUCCACCUCCUCAGUCCCCAUUACCUGGCGCUGGCGACAUGCCAGGAAACCCUGGUGGAAAGUACCCAGGCCUCGAUCCAAAUUUAGCCUCCGUCUUGCCAGCCACCAUCGCUCAGUACCUCGCGUCUGUCUCAGCCUCGUCCACCUCCACAGCGGGCGCCCACAUGCCUGGUGGUGCGCGGCCCUCCCCUUCGCCCUCCCCCUCGCCCUCUCCGGCCUCUGCAGUGAGGCCUACGCCCCCACAAAGCCCCUCUGUGCUCCCAGGUCCUCUGGCCUACCCUCAACGCCCUCAGAGUCACCCCGGCCCUCUGCCUCAGAGUGUGAAUCCCGCACCCAGCCCGGCAGUUGGCGGUCUGCAGAUUGGAGGUGUUAGUGGUGCUGGUGUUGGUUUACCAGCUGCCUCAGUUCAGAAUAUGCUGGCAUCAAUGUCUCAUUCGAGCUCGGCGUUACCUUCGCAGACCCCAACGAAUUAUUCACAGCCCGCUGCCCUUCAGAAUCCCGCUGGCCAAGCGUAUUUGCAACAGUACACCCAACAACAACAACAGCAACAACAACAACAGUAUUUACAGCAGCAACAGCCGCAGAGUUUACCGCAACCCCAGUUUCAGAAUCAACCGCAAUAUCAGCCGCUGCAGAAUCCACCUCAACAGCAACCGCCACAAAGCCUUCCACAACACCAGCAGCAGCAAUAUCCGAUACCUUCGGGUCAGCAAGGCUUUCCAUAUUCCGCAAACCCUAGUCAUCCGCAACAGCUGCAGCACCCGCCACAGCAACAACAACAACUGCCACAUCAACCCCACAGUCGAGGUGACAGCACCAGCAUGGUGUCGUCUGUUCAGAGACCCAUCUUUUCUCCAGGAGCGGCGCCCGCCAACAUGAUACCAGCCUUGUCUCAGCCGUCACAGCCACAGUCGCACCAGCAGUUCCAGCCCUAUGCCGGUCCCCACCUACCCCAGCCGACAGCCGCAGCACAUGGUCAGCAGGUCGCUUCAGCCGCUCAAGGAAAGCAGACGCCAGCUCAGUUUCCAACCAACCCUCAGCCUCCUGUACCCCAGCAACAACAACAGCAACAGCAGCAGUGGCAACAGCAACAACCAAGCAACAAGUCUCAACCUUUUGGAAUCCAAGGUCAAGGACCGACUAGUCAGAGCGUCUCUGGUCAAAUUCUGAAUUUCCCAGCCAGUUUGCCGUCUCAGUCAGUCGGUCACUGGCCUUCAUCGUCAGCCCAGAUGUUCCCCCCAUCUAGUCAGGGUCAGACUGUGCUGGCCGCGUUAACACCCGGGCUACAACAGUACGGGGCCGGUCAGUACAUGACCCAGAUGCACCAAGGUCCUAUGGGAGGGCAGCAGCGACCCGCUGCUCCGGUCCAGGAACCAACUCAGCAAGUAUACGGGCAGGCCACUCCUGGGAUGUUGCCAGGUCAACCGGGGUAUCAGCUGCCUUCAGGUCAAGCUGGGACUCAAGGUCAGGUUGGGGGUCAAGGUCAAUUCCAGACCCACCAGCAGAGCCAGAUCAGACCUCAAGCCCAGGUGGCUGGUCAAAUUCAACCUCCUCAGCAGAGUCAAAUAGGACCCCAGGGUCAGGUUGCCGGUCAAGGUCAGCCUCAGCCGUACUCGCAACCAGGUCAAGGUCAGAAAUACAUGACUCCUCAAGGUGCCCCCAGUCAGCUCCCAGCCGGGGUCAACCAAUCACCGCACGGAAGUCCCUCGCGCUUGGCUAAUCAGAAUGUGAGACCUCCGAUAACCAGCGUUGGGUACCACUCAGUCUUGGACCAAUCUCAUGAGGGACCGUUCUCCGCGGAGUACAGCUACGCCGGACAGUAUUACCGCCCGCAGGGUACCCCUGAGGGCUACCGGCCCCACCAGAUGUACCAGGGGGGGUACCAGCACAGUGUGACCCAGAGCUACCAGAGCGCCCAGACCUACACCAGUAACCCCGUGUCCACGCCUCUCAUGUACGGCCAGACGGGAAGAGCCGUUUCCACCGCGGCACAGAUGCAUCCUAACCACAUGCCGGUCAGUGACAGCAAAGCCAGCCUGCCGGUGGCGUCAGGACAAGUGUCGUCUGCUCAGGGUAUGCAACACAACCAGCAGGUGCUCAUGGCACACCAACAGCACCAGCAGCAGCAACAACAACAACAGCAGCCGCAGCCGCAGCAACCUUUGCAUCCAGGACAACAGCCUCCGGUACGACAACAACAACCGCCAGGGCUACAACAGUACCCUGGUUUGAUGUACAACCAACAAGCUCCACAGACGAGUCAAGCUUCUAGCCAAAUGAUGCAAAUUCCUGUUCAGCCGCAUCAGAAACAGCAACAGCAACAACAGCAGCCUCAUUUUCAGACAGGCCAGCUGCCUCAGCAAUCUCAGCCGCCAAGAGCCCCCGGACCGCAGCCACAACUCAUGUCCCAGCCUCCACAAGUUCCGUUGCCAUACCAACAGCCUCCACUACAGCCACACCAGAACAUGAGGGCACCUGCACCUCAAGCACAGCAAGGAGCGGUGCAUCCUUACCACCAGCAACAACAGCCACAACAGCAACAGAGACAGCAACAACAACAGCCUGGAUACUACAACCAGCCUGUUGCCGGACAGUUCCCACAGCAGGCUGCACACCCACAAGGACAACCGAUGGCUCCUCAAGGAUUUCAGCUACAACCAUUGCAACCCCAACAGGUGUCUGGUGAACCCCGACCAAUGACUCCACAGCAGCCUGCUAUAGCUGCACCGACUCAGCCAAUCCCAGGCAGCCGGAAUGUGAUGGUCGCACCUCUCCAGCCUAAUUAUGCUCCGGGCCAAGGAAAUCGGGAUCCCAGUCAGGCAUCUACCCCAGGCAGUCAAGCCACUCCCUCUGUCCCGACAACGCCGACGUCACCUGUGGAGAAUAUGACAGUGUCGCGACAGAGUUCUUCACUAGAUGACAUUCUUUCCUCUAGUCCUAAUGGUGUCAAAGACACGAUCAUCAUUCCACAAGUACUGACAGACCAAGAGAGACAACUUCAGAAAGAAGAAGCCAUCAAGAAACAGGCGCUGGUGCCAGUCUCGGAGCCCUACAGCAGCCAGGGCGCCUUGCAUAGGCUGUUGAGUGAGGUGGAGGCGUUCGGCAAGUUUGUGGACGAGCUCUCCGUCACCAUACUCGGAGUGUCACGGCUGGAUACUGUAUGGAAGAGUUUACUGGACAGUCAAGAUAGUGCCACCAAGAAACAAUCUAUGGCCAUAGCCAGGUGUUACCCCAUGAAGAACAGGGACCCGGAUGUGAUGCCAUAUGAUGAGACCAGAGUUGUGUUAACCACUACCAAGGAUGACUACAUCAACGCCAGCUGGCUUAAUGAGCUAGCCCCGUCUUGUCCCAAGUUCAUCACCACGCAAGCACCGAUGUCGCUGACCGCUGGUGAAUUCUGGGCCAUGGUCUACGAGCAGGGCUCCGAGGUCCUGGUGCAGAUAACGAGCGAGUAUGAGACUGGCAAGAAAUUCCCGAUCUACUACCCGACGGAGAAGGAUAAGCCCCUGGAGCAAAGCUCAGUAGUUCUCUCCCUUCAGUCUGUCAAGUUCCGACAGUACUGGGUGGAGCGCAUCCUUUACCUUAAAAAUACUCAGACGAAGCAAGGAAGGACGGUGGUUCAUCUACAAUACAAAAAUUGGCCAGUGAGUGGUUUCCCAGAGGAAGUGAGUAGCAUUGUUCACUUUAUCUCCGAGGUGCACAGCUUCUACAAACAGCAGCGCAGUCUGACCAAACCCAUCAUUGCUCAUUGUGGGUUGGGUGUUGGCCGUACGGGUGUGUUCAUGUUGGUUUACACGGCCAUGCAGGAAAUGCUGCACGGCAACGGACUGAUUGACCUGCCGGGGCUGGCGCGCCGCAUGUUGACCAAACGACGGGGCCUCAUUGGGAAGAAGGAACAGCUCAUGUGUGGAUACCAGUCUGUGUUGUGUGCUGCGGAGGAGUAUCUGGAGAAACGUGGUGUUCUGGUGAAGAACCCUCAUUUCUCAGAGCUGCGGAAAGGGUCUCAACGUGGCUCUCCCAAACAUCAAAUGCCUCACACUGCCGCCCCAGAUGACAUAGUUCUCGGCUCUGUUGACCUUCAGACCUUGCGGGAAAACGUGGGCCGCUUCCACAUUCACUCGGAUCCCGCCAGCGACGGCAGCGAUAGACGAGAGGGCUCUGUUGGAGGCUCUGAUUCGGGCCUGGACCGGAGGAAGUCGGUGGAGAGCGUCUCAUCCAUCAGCAACAACAGCUUGCCAGAUGUCGUGCAGCAGUACCCAGACACCCAGAACGCCGGGGACGGUAGAGCGGACAGUUUAGAAUCAGGCCAGACUCUGCCCACACACCAACAGCAAGCUCUCGGUCCAGUGGACACGUCUGAUUCUGAUUCUCAUGCGAUGUUGAAAAAUCUGCCCCCUCGAGAUGUUGACGCCAGUCUUACGCCCAGUUUUGUUGGCCCCUCCCAAGGGAGCAUGACUCCGACUCAGGAUGUGAAUCCGAAAGCCUCCGCUCUUUCAUCGUUAGCCCAGCUUCAGGAUCCAGCGACGUUCUCCAUUGGCUCACCGGAUAUGAAGAAGAAGAAUAAGAUAACGAAAGCAAACUUUGGUCAGACCCAAGGGUCCUUGCAGAGCUCAGGGGCUGCUGACCCAUCAGAUCCUUUCAGCAGUCUUGACCCGAUGUGGUCUCUUGGCAAACAGGAAAAGUAAAGUGGAAGUAUAAGUGUGUCUCUUUUUGUGGAAAUAUCUAUGGUUCUGAAAUAUUGUCUAUUUUUAAUUCUUUGUUUGAGUCAAAGCUGGGGUGGAAUAUCAGCUUUUUGAUUUAUUAUCAGUUCAGUACUAUAAGGACAUCUUUCUGGUGAUUAGUAGCACGUGCACGAAAACAUUUAACUGAAACAGAAGGGUAAACCUGCAAUAUUUGUGCAUACUCAAAAUCAUAUCAGUUUCAUUUUAUGUGUACCCUAUACUUUGUUUAACCUGAAAUCGUUUAUACUUGCAAAGGAUUUCAAAUCCUCAAUUGUUUUUUUUUUUCUCUCUUUAUUCUUAUCAUUUCAACUCUCCUCAACAUGAAAUCUACUUAGCAUGAAGAAAUUAUGUGGUCCUGUGAACUUCAUGUUAUCAAGGUUUUAAUGUAGAUACAAAGAAUCAAAAUUUGUUUUGAAAUAAAUUAUUCCAGUUUUUAGAUUUUUUUUAUUGCAAGCACUUUGUUACCAAAAUUAUGAUAACAAUUGAAUAAUUAUGAAAUAUUUCCCCCUAUUACAUUGGUUGGGCAACGGUAAAAUUGCAGAUACCCAAGUUGAACUUCUCUCAAAAGCAAGAUAUCUUAUACAUCAGUGGUAUGAAAGAAACAACAUGAAGACACUCUUUCUCGAUGUGUAUUUUGUUUUUCUAUGCAGUGAAUAGAAACUUUCUUAGGUGUAAAUCAGCAUCUUUCAUCACCCGGGAAGUGGCACAAUACCUGGUUUUUAGUACCUCUUAUAAGCAAUGAUUAUUUUAUGUUAACUUGCUUUUAAAAAAAGACCAAAAUGGUGAUAGUAGUAAGAAAUGUGGCUACUCUGUUGUUCUGAAUCUUGCAAAAGUGCGUUAAAGAUUCCAUUGGGUAGUUUGCCCAUGAUGUGAAGAAAACGAGAAUAUUCUGUUGUUGCUAGUGCCUUUGUGCAGAGCUCUUACUGUUCUUUUUUCUACUGUUUAAAAAGACCAAUUUUUUGUCAAUGAGAUGUCUUGUUGAGAGCAGUUGGGUUUGAAAAACACCUGCAAUUUUUUAGUCAUUGCUCAGAGUAGAGUAAGGUCUGUGUCCUCUUGAUAUUGCAUGAUUUUCAGGCUUGUUUCUCUUAGAAUUCCUGUGGGGUGGGUGGGUGUCGGGGAAUAAAUUGAUGACAACCAGGAGUGGUUUGGAAUAAGAAGGAGAGAUCUGGCAAUUAUACUUCAUAUUAUAAUCCAUACAGUGUGGUUUCCGUACAGUGUGGUCUUUUUUUUUCUCCAGUGAAAGACAUUCAGUAACCGUGACCAUUGCCCUGUGAUAUAUUUUUCUUCUGUGUCGUAAAGAAUGAUUUAAGUUCCAACCUGGCUCAUUUUGGUUGUUUAGGGGAAGGUGUAGGUUUUUGCUGAUCUGCAGUGUGUUGCUUGGACAGUAUUAUUGAUUGAGGCUCCAACUUUUCCAGGAAUGUCCGACUUUCCAAAGCACAUUGUACCAUAUUUUUUGUUUCAUAGGCUUCAGUUUUUUCCCCCCCCCCCCCUGAUGUGGUCUUUGGGAGGUAUUUGUUUGAUUUUUUUUUUUUUCAGUAUGACUUUUUUCACUGAUAUGUGAUGUCAACAUUUAUUUCUCUACAGCUUUGAGUUCAGAGUAUCAAGUUACGUGUAAUAACACCCCUCUGUUGUUUGUGAUGCUCGUUUGUUUUUGUGGUCUUUCUACUUUUUUCUUUUCCUUGUUUGCCUUUGCCGUUAUCAGUAACCACAAAAUAUUUCUGGUUUUUUUUGUUGCUGGUUUGCUGUUAACUUCAAGUCAAUCACUCUGCACGUAUUGUGCUACUCUGCACGUAUUGUGCUACUCUGCACGUAUUGUGCUACUCUGCACGUAUUGUGCUACUCUGCACGUAUUGUGCUAAGUGUAAUAAGUAAACUUAUUUGCUGUGAUGUUUGCCGACCAGAACUUACUCCCAGGCUAAUUGAGGCUUGAGCUUGAAGCUUGUGUGGAUGGGAAGUGCACAUAUUUGCCAAAAUGUAGGUAGGUUGUCACCUCUGAACUAUUUUGUCUCAAGAACCUCUUUAUUUAAGUACACUUUGGACAAAACCGUUCUGAGGCGACAAUGUGCAUGCUCAAGACGCGUUGAUAUGAACAAAAAUAGUUUUCCCUUUGUUGCAGUAUUUCACAUACUCUGCAUACGUAUUUAUUUUGAAUGACGUAACAUUUUAUAAUCAUUACAUGCCAGUCUGUUGGGACCAUGGAGUAUAAGAGUGGCAGAGAUUCCUCAUAUUGGUAUAAGUUUCUGUUGUAUGUGAAGUAUUUAUUUUGCCUUUUACGACUCAUUUUCUUUUCUGAGAGCCGUAAAGGGUAACGCACCAUACUUGUAGUUUAUUACAACUUUUUUUUUUAUUGUAAGGAAAACUGCAGAUGUAGCCUACAAAGAUUUUCAGCUUUUAAUAUGAAGGCGUGUGAUCUUGGCCUCCAAGAACACUCCGAAAUUAUUUCCAAGCUGAUCAAUUUUUUUUCCCUAUUUUGCAUUAUUCGGGGCUAAUAUUGCGAAGUUUUCUGACAGAAGGCUAGAUCUAUGAUAACAAUAUUUUUUGGGUAAACUAGGAGUUGUAUUUUUUACCUUUUUCUGUAGUAAACUUGCUUCAAGGUAAAUGCUUUUAUGAUCACUGGGCUACAGUGUGGAUUUUAUGAUAUUGUUUACUUUAUUAUAUAUAUUAAAAUAAAUUUACCUUGUCUUCUUCUUUGUUUUGUUUGAUUGUCUGUAUCACGCAAUUAUGUCAGCUUCAUUUCUGUUUGGCUACAAGGUGUUGAUGGGAGUUUUUACUGUAGCAUACUUCCCAUUUUUCUCUUAAUUUUGAAAGGCUUUAUAAUAAUUUUCUUUUGAUUUCAUUUAUUAUAAGUUUUUUGCUUCAGCUUUAAGAUGUGUUUCCCCACGACGUCACUUUUCGCCCGAUUCUAUUACUUUUAGUUAGCGUGGCUCAUCAGCCCGCCGGUGCUCCCCGGCUCAGGGUCACGGGGUUAAUGAGCCUUGAAGCGACUUUGCCGGUGUCGGUUAAGAAGUUCGUAUUUUUGUCUAAGUUUGAAACUAUAUAACUUCUUCCCUAUCCCACACAGCAAACUAUUACACUGAUGUACUAAAAGAUCAAUGUCUUGAGAUUAAUUUUGUUUUGGAAUGGUUAAUUUCUGUGCCUUAGUUUUUGUUCUAGACAAGUGUUUGUAGAGUGCCCAAUUUGUCCUAUUUUAUUUACAUAAUGAAUAAAUCAUUGUUUAUUUAAAAACGGCACAACAGAUCUCUCCAAAAUGUGUUAAACUGAACACGAAUAUCAUGUCUUUUACCAUGAGAAAUCCUAAAUCUGUGCAAGUAGAAAUAAUCAAGUAAUGAGAGAAUAAAGAUGCACAUCUGCAUUUUUUGACAAAAG